GUCCGACAAACAGGUCCCGCUUCCGAGAAACUUCCUUAUCUCCAAAACCUCACUAUCCGUGUCACAGUCGAUUUAAAUUCAAGAAACGAAACCCCCCACCGUUCGUGCAGCAGUCGAUUCAAAUUCAAGAAAAAGUUCACGAGGAGGAGGAGGAGGAGGAGGAAGGGAAGAAUGGCGGACUGGGGGCCGGUGGUGAUAGCGGUGGUGCUGUUCGUGCUGCUGAGCCCGGGCUUGCUGUUCCAGAUCCCGGGGCGGCACCGAGUCGUGGAGUUCGGCAACAUGGAGACCAGCGGCGCCUCCAUCCUCGUCCACACCAUCAUCUACUUCGGCCUCAUCACCAUCUUGCUCAUCGCCAUCGGCGUCCACAUCUACACCGGCUGAAGCUCCUCUCCCGCGAGAUCCUGUAGUGUGCACUGUAGUCGGGUUGCCUGCUUGUACAGUUGUACUCUCCUUGACUCGUGAUGCACCCGAGUAUGCGCUGUUUUGCGCUCUUAAGCAAUUUCAUAUUUUGGUUAUGUAACGGGGUCGGAUGUUGGUUUCUGCUUAUUGCGAAUCGCAAAUGUUUUCCGGGUCAUUUCCAUUCUCAAAA